AUGGCAAGUCCAGCCCAUUGCAUCUACUGCUUUGAGUGCCUUGCUGCCUCUUAUAAACGCCAUGAGCCCAUCGAUCUUGCAGCUGUUGAGGAGCUGUGGGAGCGAUACGAGCAGUCCAAAAAGCCUGCGUCUCUUCAGGACAUUAAUAACACUGUUUCUCAAAGGGAUAGUGCCGACCUUGGACGGGAGGUCGUAGUGGAGGAGGAGGAGGAGGACGAUGACGAUGAUGCUGACGAGGAACUCGACACAACGCAGCGCAGCUCCAUGAAGUCGAAGAGUAGCCGUCCACACUCUAUCAAGCUGCCCAGUGUCAGUCGCCUUCAAAGCCAAUUGUCUUCGGACUCCUCGAGCGUCUCUACUACUCCGUCAGUCAUGUCCACCAAUUCAUCUCGCUCGAUUCUAUCCAGCUCCACUGCCGCCACGACCCCGAUUUCAGAAUCUACGCAACCUGAGAUGGCAGAGAUGCGGCAACAAAGGUUAAAAAACCAACGUUAUCCAUUGUUUGUGACGUGGAAUACUCUGUCGAAGAACGGCCACAAGUCCCUCCGUGGAUGUAUUGGUACAUUCGAUGCGCAGGAGCUCGCUGAAGGCCUCAGAGCCUAUGCUCUUACUUCCGCGUUCGAGGAUUCUCGUUUCACUCCGAUCCCACAGUCGCUUCUACCAUCAUUAUCAUGUUCGCUGACUCUGCUCGGUUCCUUUGAGCCCUGCACCAAUGCUCUGGAUUGGAUACUUGGUGUGCAUGGUAUCCGCAUAUCUUUCAUUCACCGCGGCCGGCGCUAUGGCGCCACUUAUUUGCCCGAUGUAGCCCUAGAGCAAGGUUGGACGAAAGAGGAAACCCUGGAAAGCCUGAUGCGGAAAGCUGGCUGGGACGGAGUGACCACGGGGGGUGUUGCACGGCGGCUCUUAAGAGGAAGCAGCAACAGCGGCCACUCUGGCUCCAGCAAGCCAUGGGAGCAGGUCUCAGACUUUCGCGUCGUGAAAUAUCAGGGUCUCAAGGCUAGUGCCAGCUAUGCGGAAUGGCAAGAAUGGCGGGAAUGGGUCAUGUCCGUGAAGGACGGGAGCGCAGAAUUGUUGUGCCCGACCACUUGA